ACAUAGAUUUACAUUGAUAUUCAGACCAAACAAACCCUAUGGUGGUCCUUAAUGCUGCGUGAAAUCAUACUAAAUUUAAUGCCGUCAUGACUUUGCAUUUCGACUUCAGUAAAUGCCAAGUUGAAGGAAGUGGAGGUCGAGUUAGUUUGUAAUGAAUAAAUCGUACUGCACUGGACCGCUGAAGGAGGGAGUUUAUUCCAUUAUCGCGCUACAACGUUGGCGAAGAUCUGAAUUUAUUUGUUUACACUUACUUUUGUAACAUUAUUUUUCGUCCGGAACGUGUCAUCGAUCAAGAACAAUUUUGCUUUGUCCGCAUUCGUAAAACCACUGAGUAUUUUUAAACAUUUGAUCAGUUUUCCUCGGAGGCGACGUUUCCCAAGAGAGAACAGCUUAAGGGAUGAAAGCCUUUCAUCGUCAGGUUUGUUGCGCAAGGAUCAUGUUUGUUGACGUACGAGAGAGAGAGAGAGAGAGAGAGAGAGAGAGAGAGAGAGAGAGAGAGAGAGAGAGAGAGAGAGAGAGAGAGAGAGAGAGAGAGAGAGAUAUGAGGGGGAAGGGAAGGAUGAACGCGCUUAAAGUUAACGUGACGCAACAUUCACCUCCUCAUCCUUCCACCUCCCUCAGCCCCAGCGUCUCGCCUUCAGGUACGAGACACACCAGCCUGAGGACGGACAGUGGGGCUCGGACAUCGGGGGAGGAAACUGGACGGGGCUGGUCGGCGUGCUGCAGCGUCAGGAGGCGGACUUUUCAACCACCAUCACGCCCACCGCCGAACGCCUCCUUGUAUUCCGCCACUCCAAAAUCUACGCCUCUGAUCCCUUCGUGCUGGUCUCUCUCAAGACGCAGACCACGGCGCAGCACCUCGCCAUCGCCAAGCCCUUCGCGGGUGCUGACGGCGUGGUGGUUCCUUACUUGCCUGGUGCUGACGGCCGCCUACAAGUCCUCGCUCGCCGCCCACUUCACCGUCGGGGUCCAGGCGGCGCCCGUGGACUCCUUCGAGGACCUGGUGGGGCGGAGCGGGUGGCGGUGGGGCAGCGAGAAACUUGGUGGCGCCUCGCUCUACUUCUUCGCCAGCAGCUCCGACCCUGUCACGCGUGCUGUCUAUGCCCGCCUGGAGACCCACUCCUUGGACGAGAACAUGAGGCUGGUCCUGGCUGGCCGCUACGCCUUCAUCACCACGCAGCUGCAGAGCGCCUACCAGGUCGCCUCGCGCUACACGGAUGCCCGCGGCUACUCCCCCAUCCAUACAGGGGCCAAACGCUACCCGAAGUUUGCUGGGACAUCGUGGGGCUUUAGGAUCGGAGCGCCCUGCCACGGCCCCAUCACCCACCUGACGCAGCGGUUGAUCGAGGGCGGCCUGAUACGCUACUGGCUGGGGGAUGUGGUCGUUACGAGGGUGCGCAGGGAGAGGCGGGAAGGCACAACGCAGCUUCAGGUUCGAUCUCAGUCUUCAGGAGCUUCGGACGAGUCUGAGGGGCAGAGCGAGGUGGUGGUGAGUAUGGCCCACCUGGAGGCUGCCUUCUACUUCCUGCUGGUGGGCCUGGCGUUCAGCGGCUUGGUCUUCUCCGGGGAAGUGCUCACCCGGCGCCUUCAACCUUGUCGCUUUGCUAGACCACACCCAGAUUGAGUUAUACAAGUUCAUCCAUGCACUGUCAACUACUACUCAAGCAAUAAAAAACAUUCACACAUCAACUGUUGCCUUUACCAUUUUCAGCACCUGUAUAUGUAUAGUGAAAAGUUUGAACCAUGCAAUAUAUUCAGAUUAUUUGCUUAAGUUGUGCAUAAUGUGUAUGUAUAUAAAACAUUGUUAUAUUGGUAUUUUGAAGACCAUUCUUGUUGAUAACUUGAUACAUUUGAUCUGGAGGAAAAUUACAAUAAUCUUCCUCUGUAGUGAUGAUUAGGUUCAGUAAGUAAAUGACACCAAAGAGUAUGAAUUUAUUAAAACACGUGUCACAUCUAUAUAAAAAUAGACCUUGUGUAAUAACACCAAACAUAGCAAUUGAUGAACUAGCUUCUAAUCACAGGACCUUUUUUUUUUGUAAUGAAAACAUCUAUUAUCACAUAAUGGUUUAAAUAUGGCCAGCAGACAAUAGUGUAUUUUAUACGCACACAAAGAUAAAAAGGUGUGUGACUAGACAUCCAAAAAUUGUAGAUGUAUGGACUAUUUUGUUCAUUAUUACGACAGUGAUCCCUUUACCAACUUUUUAGGCACUUUGAUUGGUCCUAAGUUCUUGUACUGCUGUUGGUUGGAAGCCAACAACUUAUGGUUAGUACUGGAAACAGUGCUGUGAAAGGUUAAUUAGUGUUUUAACCUAUGGGACUUUAACUUCUUGUCAUCAAGAUUUGAUCCGGUGUGCAUUUUCAUACCUUGAAAAGACACGUAUGACUUAUCAUCUAGUACUACAAUAAAACUUCAUGUAGUGCCAAGAACAGCAGUUGUAUGAGUAAGAUUUACUUCACCAAUCUUAACUUUGAAAAGUAAAUAUCAUUUAUCAUCUGGUGAGGGAUAAUUAUCAGGGACAACACAAGUUAAGUUCAAGAUAAAGCAAACAGCCCACUGUCACAGGCCACUCACACCCCAGCACACAACUGUUCCUCACUGGAAAGACACUGAAGAGACACAUGUCUGGCUGUGGUGUGUCUAUGUUUCCAUUAUUUAUGAACUUUCAUGCACAAGAAGCAGCACUGAGCACUCAAGAUGGAUGAUCUCACCGACACACGUACACUGAAACCUCUAACAUCUAUUUAUAUACUUUCAUGUGGUUAUAAAAAUAAAUACUAUACUAUUGCACAUACAGGACUGUGAAGUACUAAGGCAUUUGUUCAAGUUCUCAUAAUGAAUUGUGAGGACACCUGGGAGACUUAUUCAUAUUGUGAACUGAGUAACAAUUAUGAAUAAUGUGUAAUGUGUAGGUCAGAACAAAUAUUUCAAGAUGAUUAACUGGAAAACAAACAUAGGCAUCUCAUUAGGUUAGAUGCCAAGUUUGCUUUAUAUUAUGUCUUGAUACAAAAAAAUAAUAAAACACAUGUGUAGCAAGCUACAGAAACAAUCACGUAAUCUAGAGUUUGCUUGCACAAGACACCACACACAGAACAACUCACACAUCAGCUAAAA